GUCGAAUCCUCUGCAUUUUCUACAUAUGGUGAAACCGUUUUGGGUGGAAAAGAAUGCUAUUCAGAACUCUACUCGACUCUUCGGUCAAUUACCCCUCUGAUGUCUAGCUGCAUAUUUCACUUCUCCUGUUUAAGGCUACGAGAAAACGGUCGACCACGCUGUCCCCAAGUAGAUCCUGCGGCCCGUACUAUGUAUAGACGACAGGUCGUGCCUACAGGCCAAUGAGCAGCUAAUACUUGGUACGAUUUCCCUGUGGGCGCGGCAUGAAACAGGUAAAUGUGGAUAGCAUACCCCAUAUCAAAUGCAUCGCCUCUACCGGAAGGGACUCAGCGCACGCUUUGAACUUUUAGUGCUGUACCUUUGGUACUUUUGCCGCUCAUAAUCCCCUCAGUAUGAAACGCAACGAACAAGCCUGUCGAAUCUUCCGGACAUAUUCGCGAAUUAUCCCACCAUGUGCAAUGAUCACAGUGCGAUAGGAUGUGGCGCCCGUUGGGGCUCAAGAUUUCCAAAGUUUAUGACCUUCGUCAUCCUCCGCCAAUUGGUUGUUCAUCAUGUCUGACAGAUCACAUGGGGAAGAAAACGCGUACCCGAGGAAGGGAGAGAAAGAGAGAAAGAGAAAGAUUAUCUCUCUUGUGUGUUUGUGUCUCCUCUAACCUAGGUGCUGAGACCAUCACUCACCUGACAAUAAAUAGCAUCAGCAUCCAGCGAGGGAUGGUCGAUCCCACUGUCGAUGGAUGGAGACCACGUGAAUCAGCAUUCCCACAGGCUAGUUUGGUAGUAGUUGCCUUGAGCAGUGCGGCAUUUCUAUUGUUUAGGUAUGUUAAAGAAUAUUGAAACGGACUAGAGGACAUAGGUAUGCACAUGAUUCAAGGGUCAUACUGGAAAUAGUCCUUUUCCUACUCUAAAUUGGGUUGUUGACGCUCUCGGUGUUCGUCUUCACUAAAAUAUCGAUGUAGUAACGACAAGUCUUAGGAAAUUGUAUCGAACGAUUUUAAAAAGAAAAUGAGGAAACUUAACAGGUCACGGUAUCUCUUUUCUUUCUUUCUUUCUUU